AUGGACUGUCUGGAAGGAAGCAUGACCCAAAUGGGCUUGCCAGGAUGGCAAGAAAGCAGUCAAGGCAUGAACAACAACUGUAGGUUGGCAAGCCCAGGAAGUGCGGUUGGAUGGCAAGACACACAAACUCUAUCCUUAACUACGUCAGGCUUAGUGUCUGCUGGAAUCGAGCCUUUGGCGCGCAAUGUUAGUGCAGUUCCAGAGGCAGCAACUACGGGAGUGGAAAGAGCUACUUUUUCCGAACAGUACUUGAGACUAGAAAGGAUAUCUAUUGAGAAGGAGCCUUUUGGCCUAAAAAAUGAUCAGCCAUGCUGUUGCCAAAGGAAGGAGAGAUUUGCUGAGAGUGUCGCUCUAAAUCACCAAGAAUCACAACUACUAAGGCGGCGAAAAAUGACAUUAAUGGCAAUUCCUUCUGUUGGCAAGCAAAUGGGUUGCCAUUCAAACCAACAACGAUUACUCUAG